AUGACGCAAACAAUCCUUCUUCGUCUCGCUGACAAUGGGAAGCCCAUGCCAAAUCGUGCAGUUCAAAACGGCGUAUUGAUCUUGCCCUCUGUCCCAAAAGGCAGAAAGAAGGGCGAAGCGUUGUUCAAUUUGGUCGUUAGGAUCGAUGCAGGAUCGUUGAUUACAAAUAAUGGCAAGCUUUUGGUCAACGUUCCUGAAAGUUCGGAGGACGCAUUCGACAGACACUCGUACAGAGAGUAUUCUUUGGACUCGUCUUUUCACCAGGAUAUAUCUAUCACUAUUCCUAUCUAUAACCCUGGCCCCUAUUCUUACUUCAUCAAGUAUCAUGUGGGAGAAGAAGAAAAAUCAAGCGAUCUUUUCUUUUUCAAUGUGCCCCCUCAACUCAUGGUUGGCAAAAGACACAUCCAGUUUAACUCCAUAAACGUUCAAACAGUGAUUUCAAAAUGGGCUGGGCUGCUUAAUAAAUGGCCAGCAUUAUUCUCCUACAUAGCCAAGAAGGGCUACAACAUGGUCCACUUCACACCGUUGCAACAGAGAGGGUCCUCCAACUCUCCCUAUUCGAUCUUUGAUCAGCUUAAAUUUGAUCCUUCGUUGUUUAAAUCAAAUGAUCAGGCAGCUGAAUUCAUUUCGGGUCUUAUGAAUAAACACUCUUUGUUAUCACUAACAGAUGUUGUGUGGAAUCACACAGCAAACAACUCAGACUGGAUCCGCCAACAUCCAGAUAUUGGGUACAAUCUGGAAACCGCACCCCACCUUCGUCCUGCAAUCGAAUUGGAUGAAGCUUUGUCGAAGUUUUCUGACAGAUUCGCCGAUCUUGGUUUGCCAACUGAAAUUAAAUCCGAAAGGGACUUAUCUCUAGUCCUAGGUGCACUUAAUGAACAUGUUAUUGAUCCCCUUAAGUUGUGGCAGUUCUACGUUUUCGACAAAGAAAGAACUUUAAACGAAAUAAACAAGCUCGGAAUGUCAGUGAAACCCGCGGAAAUUCCACCUUCUGUUGACCAAUCGAACUUGCUGGAAUUGUCACAAUUUGUUCUCAAGAGUGCCAACAAGAAUCAAAAGCCAAUUAUUUCUGAUAGGUUUGCAAACAAGUUGGACGCCGAAAAAGUUUUGGCUAUUUUGUUGUCGGUAGUGGGAUCUGACUCCGAAAAGAUUUUGCAGAAAGCUUCUACUGUGAUUGAUGAAAUAAACUCCGAGCUUUACAAAGAGUAUGAUAAUGAUGUUCAGUCUAUCAAGAAGCAAGUUGAGGACAGGGCACGCUUCAUGAGACUUGCUGACAAUGGUCCAAAAUUAGGGUUGAUAACUUCGGAGAACCGAUUCACUGAAUCUUACUUUACACGAUUCGCAGAUGAAAAUGGCAAGAGUUGGGCGUUGGCUAACAAUGGCUGGAUUUGGGGCGGGAAUCCACUUGUAGAUUUCGCCUCUGACAAGUCAAAAGCCUACUUGAGAAGAGAAGUUAUUGUUUGGGCUGAUUGCGUUAAACUCAGAUACGGAGAAUCUUCGAAUGACUCACCCUACUUAUGGAAACGCAUGACAGAAUACACCAAACAAUGUGCCAAGGUUUUCAACGGAUUUAGACUAGACAAUUGUCAUUCGACGCCCUUGCAUGUCGGAGAAUCUUUGUUGGCCGCUGCCCGUUCGGUAAACCCAAAUCUUUACGUUGUUGCCGAAUUAUUUACUGGCUCGGAAAGUAUGGACAAGAUUUUUGUUGAAAGAUUAGGCAUCAACUCAUUGAUCCGCGAAGCUAUGCAAGCAGGUUCUGUUGACGAGUUAUCAAGACUAGUACACAAGCAUGGAGGUAGACCAAUAGGAUCCUUUUCUUGGUUGCCCUUGGAUGACGUUGCCUAUCCUGCUGAAAAGGAACCAAUUUCUGGAAAGUUUUCACAGAGUAAUUCUGAAUUGGAGAUCCCGAAAAUCCUUACUUACCAAGCGCCGCAUGCCUUGUUCAUGGACUGCACUCACGAUAACCAAACCCCAGCUCAAAUUAGAACAGUUGAAGAUACUCUUCCAACAGCUGCAUUAGUAUCUUUUUGUUCCUCUGCGGUGGGCACAGUCUUUGGAUAUGAUGAGACAUACCCCGAGCUACUUGACGUGGUUGGUGAGAAAAGGCAAUAUAAGUUUGAUGAGAAUUGUGGUAUUGCCUUGGCGAAGCAGAAACUAAAUGCUAUUCGUGACUCACUUUCUUGCGAAAGCGAUGAUUCUUUCAAUGAUCAAGAAAUGUACAUUCACCACGAGGGGCAAUAUAUCACCAUUCAGAGAUACAACACAGUCACUGGAAGGGGAUGGUUUUUGAUUGCAAGAUCUCAUUUUGAAGAAAACCCGAAUGGACAAGUUUUAACUCCUGUGGAGUUGAAAGGAACUGAAGUGAAGCCCGAGUUUGCUUACGUUCUCGAAAAAACUGGAAAUUACACGAAUAACUCGAACUAUUUGACAGGAAUUCCCACCAAACUUGUCGCGGUCGAUAGUCCAAGAUUGGAUAGUAACGGUGCCGACACCUUUAUAAAGAUCGACGACUCAUUCAAAGCUGGAAGUAUCGCAGUGUUUUCGACCAGAAUCCCUGCAGCUGAUGCGUCACUUGAUAAGUUUGUCAAAGAGGGUGCGUUACAAGCUUCAUUGAAUUUGAACCUCUACGACCUCAACGCUAUAUUGUUCAGGUCAGAGCCAGAGGAAAGAGAUGCUAGUGGAGGUGCUGAUGGCACGUACAAUAUUCCUCAACAUGGAAACUUGGUAUAUGCUGGAUUGGAAGGGUGGAUCAGCGUUCUUAAACAUGUCAUCUGGGAAAAUGAUCUUGGUCAUCCUGUUUGUGAUCAUUUGCGGAGUGGUUUGUGGGCAGCAGACAACAUCGUUGACAGGUUGGAUAAAUACAGCCAAAGCUCAGAAAGUUUGAGACACUUUCAACUGUGGCUUAGGUCAAGAACAGAGGCUAUCAAAGAGGUGCCAUACUUUUUGAGGCCCCAUUAUUUUGCUCUUGUUGUCGGGGUUGCUUAUGAGGCUGCUCGUUUCAGAGCUUUAAGAUUGCUUGACGACAAUAUCAAGGCGUCGACUAACUUUGUUCAAAGUUUGGCACUCACUUCCGUUCAGAUGUGUGGAUUGAUGAACAACACCUCAUUGUUUCCCAACGAACAGAAGGCCUGCUUGGCUGCUGGGCUUCCUCAUUUCAGCAAUGACUAUAUGAGGUGCUGGGGACGGGAUGUAUUCAUAUCAUUUCGUGGGCUCUUGAUUGUUCCUGGAAGAUUCAACGACGCCAGAGAGCAUAUUCUCGGCUUUGCAAAGACAUUAAAACAUGGUUUGAUACCAAAUUUGUUGGAUGCUGGCAGAAACCCUCGUUACAAUGCUAGAGAUGCCGUUUGGUUUUUUGCUCAAGCUGUCCAAGAAUAUGUGACGUUUGUUCCGAACGGCCAUAAAAUAUUGGAUGAAAAAGUAUCACGCAGAUUUCCUCUAGAUGAUACAUGGAUUCCAUGGGACCACGAAGAAGCAUUUAGCCACGAAACCUCCAUAAGAGACGUUCUUUUCGAAAUUUUGUCUCGCCAUGCCAAAGGAAUAAGGUACCGUGAGGCAAAUGCUGGUCCCAAUUUGGAUUCGCAAAUGAGCGAUGAGGGCUUCAAUGUUCUGAUACAUGUCGAUUGGUCCACAGGUCUCGUUCACGGUGGUUCUCAAUACAAUUGUGGAACGUGGAUGGACAAAAUGGGAGAGAGUGUUAAAGCUGGGUCUAGAGGUGUUCCGGGCACUCCAAGAGACGGAGCAGCGGUUGAACUUCAAGGUCUUCUCAAAAGCACGUUAAGAUUCGUGAACACCUUAAACAAAAAAGGCUUGUUUGACUACACAUCUGUGGAAAAAGAAGACGGGUCAAAAAUCACUCUAAAGGACUGGGAACAGUUAUUGCAAGACAACUUUGAGAGGUGCUUCUACAUUCCCGAAGAUCCGGCGGAAGAUUCCAAGUUUGAGAUCAAUUCUGUAGUUGUCAACAGAAGAGGAAUCUACAAAGAUCUUUUUCACAGUGGCAAAGAGUAUGAGGAUUACCAGUUGCGAGCUAAUUUCCCGAUAGCUAUGUGCGUUGCGCCAGAGCUUUUUACUGAAGGAAGGGCUAAGAAUGCGAUAAACAUAGCGGACAAAUACAUUCGGGGGCCUGUUGGAAUGCGGACAUUGGAUCCAUCCGACUGGAAUUACAGACCUUACUAUAACAAUGGAGAGGAUAGCGACGAUUUUGCAACCUCAAAGGGUCGGAACUAUCACCAAGGCCCGGAGUGGGUCUGGUGUUUUGGGUAUUUCAUUCGUGCAUUCUUGUACUUCAACCAUGUGGCGGAAAACGAGGGUAAACCUUCUAGUGAAGUUUUACAAGCCGUCAACUUGAGACUAAGGGGGCACAAGAAGUGGAUUCGUGAAAGUGAGUGGGCGGGAUUGACGGAGCUCACCAAUAAAGAUGGUGAACUUUGCAAAGACUCGAGUCCCACGCAAGCAUGGAGUACAUCAUGCUUGCUAGACUUGUACUAUGAUCUCUGGAACCUCCAUGUUUACAAUGCAGAGGAGGGAAAGAAAUAA